GACCGAUUGGUUAAUACUAGGGUUUUUAAUCUUCAAAAGCCUUGUUCAGGUUUGUCCCUCUUCUCUCUCCCUGCCAUGGCGAAAAACAGAAACAAGAAGAAGAGAAAUGGCGUCGUGCCCAUGGACGUCACUGACCAGAUAAUCUCAGAUAUUCCCCAAGCUAUGGAAACGUCCGAGUCUGUGCCCUCUGUCGCAGCCGCAGGUGCUCCCAAUAGAAAAAUGAAGAAGGGAGUACAGAUGAAGAGAUCGAAGAGUGCCCGCAAGAUGAAAGCCAUAGCAAAAGCCAUAUCUAAAAAUGAGCAGUCUCGGGAGAAAGUUUUGAAGAAGGACAGCAAAAAAUUGGGAACUCAAUCUGCCAAAAUGCUGUACGACUGAGCUUCUCACCCUCUAGCAGUCUAGCUUCCUUUCUUUAAGUCUAUAGAAAAGUGGGUUUAUCACAACAGCUGCUAGUCUACCGUGGCCAGAAAAAUUCUCUGUUCAGGCUCCUGAGAAUGUCGCCCGUGGGUCGAACAAUUCAGGUCUCUUUUAAGGCUUCAUUUGGCUGUAGGAAAGUAUUUUUGAGGAAAUGUAUUUUUUAUUUAUCUUCUUUGAUCCUGCACAACAGUGGAGAAAAAAAAAAUUGUUCUAAAGAAUAUAUUUCUCAUUGAA